AUGUGGCUGCACUCCGACACACAAGUCGCCAAGCCAGAUGCAUCAGUCAAGCGCCACAACUUGGUUGAGAUGGAGGCCAAGCUCACGUGCCAGAACUCAGAUUGUGCACUUCCUGCGGUCAAGAAGGAUCGCUACCUGUAUGAGACAGGCUUCGAGAAGCUGCACGUCCGCCGGACGGCCGAGUUGGAGGAAAUCCGCGUGGCGCGCGAGGCGAAGAAGCAGCAGGAGAUCCAGAAGCGCCGACGCGAUCGUGAGCAGAAGCAGGAAGUGCGAGCGAUGCACAGGGCCGGUGAGGUCGGCACGAAGGAGUACGAGGAACGGCUCAAAGAGGUGCAAGCACACCGGCAGCGAGAGAAGAAGGUCUAUGAGAAACAGCAGAGCGAAGAGGAGGCAGAGCGCCGACGCGUGCUGCAAGCGGGCGAGAAGGAGUUCCAGAUACAAGAGGCCCGGUACCGCCAGGAGCGCGUGCGGGAGCUCCAGCGCCAGAAGCUGAUCCUCGAACAAGGAAUCAAAGAGAGAGAGGCAGAGGCCGUGCGCGACGCCCGAGAGUCGGCCAAAGAAGAGCUGCGCCGGAGGCGCAUCUUAGACCUGGAGCAGAAGCGAGCAAAGGUUCUCGCAGUAAAAGCCGACCAAGAGGAGCGUAAGAAGCGGCGGGAAGAGGAGAAGUGCUACAUCUACACUCCUGCCCCUCGCCUUAGUGACAAGGUGAAGGCUGCCGCUGCGGAAGCAAUGGCUCAGUGGGAUGCCCAAUUCACUGCUCAGAGCCUCGCGGCACAGGCCCAAGCGCAAGCAGCCGCUCUCGAGGGAUCGGCGCAGGCCUCCUCGGGUGCGAUGCCCGCGGGCUAA